AUGGGGUUGGUCGAAAUAGCGGUGGACCAUGUCUCCAUCAAGUCAACGCUCCUCCUGCUGCCAGGUCUCCUCCUAGGCUGGGUCGUCUUCAAGACAUGUCAGGUGGCAUGGCAGAACUUCAAGCUGUCGAGAGGCCCCGGCCAAAGGGCGCCCAGCAUCCCGUCAAGGCUGCCAUUCGGCAUCAGCAUCGUUGCCGAGACUAUUCGCAUGGCCAAGCAGCAUCGUAACAUUGACUUCUGGAGGGGCGUCUUCAGCUCGACUGAUGCUUGGACUGCGGAGUGCCGCAUCAUUGGGCAGCGCAUGGUGUUCACGGCCGACCCCGAGAACAUCAAGGCGAUCCUAGCCACCCAGUUUGCCGACUACGGCAAGGGCGCGCCCUUCCACGCAAAGUGGAAGGACUUUCUGGGAGAUGGCAUCUUUACCACCGACGGCGAGCAGUGGCACAACAGCCGCCAGCUGAUCCGGCCCCAGUUCGUCAAGGACCGCGUCAGCGACCUCGAUGUCUUUGAGAGCCACAUGCAGAUCCUAUUCCGCGCCAUCGCAAACGGCGGUGCCCUGAACGGCGAGGACCAGCCCAUCGACCUGGCGGCCGGGAACGGCAAGCCCGUCGACAUUAGUGACUUGUUCUUCCGCUACACCCUGGACGCGGCUACUGACUUCCUCCUCGGCAAGGACAUCAAGUCGCUAAGCACUCCGGUCCAAGAGUUCGCCGAGGCGUUUGCCGAAGUGCAGCGGGUGCAGAGCCUCAUCGCGCGGACGGGGCCCCUGUCCAGCUUUGUCAACCGCAAGACGUUCUGGAAGGGGAUGGAGGUCAUCAACACCUUUGUCAACCAGUACAUUGACCGGGCGCUCAGGCUGAGCCCGGAGGAGCUCGCUAGCAAGUCCAAGGGCGAGGCAGGGUACACGUUCCUCCACGCCCUGUCGGGGUUCACAAGCGAGCGCAAGGUGCUCCGCGACCAGCUCGUGGCCGUGCUGCUGGCCGGCCGUGACACGACGGCCUGCACCCUGUCCUGGACCAUUUACGAGCUGGCCCGCCACCCAGACGCCGUCGCCAAGCUGCGCGCCGAGAUCCUCGAGGUUGUGGGACCUACCCGCGCCCCGACAUAUGACGAUCUCAAGAGCAUGAAGUACCUGCAGAACGUCAUGAACGAGACGCUUAGGCUGUACCCUGUUGUCCCCUUCAACGUACGACUGGCGCUCAAGGACACGACGCUGCCGCGCGGCGGCGGGCCCGACGGCAGCCAGCCGCUGGCAGUGCUCAAGGACAACCCCAUUGGCUACAGUACGCUGGUGAUGCAGCGGCGAGCCGACUUAUAUCCCCGAGUGAGCGAGAAAUUCGCCGACCCGGCCGUCUUCUCGCCGGACCGCUGGUUCCACUGGCAGCCCAAGCCGUGGCAGUACGUGCCCUUCAACGGCGGGCCGCGCAUCUGCAUCGGCCAGCAGUUUGCCCUCACCGAGAUGGGCUACGUCCUCACCCGCCUCUUCCAGCGCUACGACCGCGUCGAGAACUACAUGGCCGCCGUCGACGGCGGCAGGCCCACCCUCAAGGCCGAGAUCGUGCUGCAGCCCGGCGACGGCGUGCGCGUUGCCUUCUGGGAGGCUCCAAAGUAG